AUGACUGUAAACAUUGUAGUACUAGGCGCCGGCGUGUCGGGUCUGACGUCGACUCUCCAGCUCGCUAAGGACUCGCGCAAUUCAAUCACUGUGAUUGCAAAGCAUAUGCCUGGCGAUUAUAGUAUUGACUAUGCAUCACCUUGGGCAGGGGCAAAUUUCCAGCCAUUCUCGCCAGAAACCGAUUGUCGAUGGGAGGAGCGGUCAUGGCCAGAAAUGUCCCGCCUAGCAGCCAACGUUCCCGAAGCUGGUAUCCAUUACCAAAAAAGCCACAUUUACCGUCGCCAGAAAGACGUCGAGAGCGGUGCCACCUCGUUCGAUUCCAUGUUUAUCCAAAAUCCCUGGUACAGACGCCUAUUUCCCGACUUUCACGAGCUUGAGAAGCACGAGCUACCGGACGGCGUGACUUCGGGUUGUGAGUUCACGGGCAUCUGCAUAAACACGGCCAUCUACCUUCCAUGGCUCGUUGGCCAGUGUCGCAAGUUGGGUGUGGUCUUCCGACGGGGCACUGUGAACCACAUUAGCGAUUUGAAGAAUAUGCACCACUCGGGUAAAAAAGCCGACAUCAUCGUCAACACGUCUGGCCUGGGAGCUCUAAAGCUUGGCGGUGUGGAGGACACUGACAUGAUGCCCAUUCGAGGGCAGAUUGUCCUCGUUGAGAACGAGUCACCCUCCAUGUACAACGUUUCCGGCACGGACGAUGGUGCCGAAGAGAUUUCCUAUGUCAUGACGCGUGCCGCCGGUGGCGGUACUGUUCUUGGCGGGACAUACCAAAAGGGCAAUUGGGAUCCCAAUCCUGAUCCAGCCAUCGCGGAGCGCAUCAUUCAGAGAGCAGUCAAGCUUCGUCCUGAUAUGGUGGGCGGGAAAGGAAGGGACGCAAUCAAGGUCAUAAGGUCCAGUGUUGGGUUGCGGCCGUAUAGAAAGUCGGGUGUCAGAGUCGAGGCGGAACUGACGAGACUUAGCGGUGAUGAUACACUGCUUGUCCACAACUACGGCCAUGCUGGAUGGGGAUAUCAAGGUUCAUAUGGCUGUGCAGAGCAUGUCAAGGACCUGGUGACUAAAUACGUGCAGGAAAGAAUUGCACCUGUGGAGAUCCGGUCUAAACUAUAA